AUGGGGCAUCAGACGCAAGAUCAAAUAGACCAUAUUCUUGACCGAGUUCACUCAUUGGACGAUCUCUCCGCCGAAGAUAUUAUGGAGUUAAGGUGUCUCUCUGAGCAGUCUAUUAUUAUGGACAAGUUCAAGGUCUCGCCUGCACAGUACUAUGACUGGCUUGAUAAAAUUAGUGAUGGUAUUCGCGGUGUGGAAUACGAUGCUCAGAAUGCAUGUAUUAUCUUGAAAGGAGGUCCAGGCUGGAUGCGUGAAGCUGCUACCGGCAUCCUCUAUGAACUUCUGUUACCUCUGCGAGACAGAAUGAGUGCAGCUACUGGCUCCCUCUACUUCUUGACUGGAAGCAAAAAUUGUUUAUUGACCGGCAAAUCCUGCCGCUCUUCAAAACAAGCAGAUGCGUCUCUCAUGAAUUUCAAAGCUAAAUGGCCAGUUGUGGUUCUUGAAGUCGGCAUUUCUGAGACUACAACGAAGCUCUAUGAUGAUGCAAAGCGAUGGUUAAAAGGUAGCAAUCGUUAA